AUGAAUCUGAUGCCUUUGUCUGUAUUCAAAAGACUUGGUUUGGGGGAGGCUAGUCCUACAACAUUUACAUUACAGCUUGCAUAUCAUUCAGUUAAACACCCCAGAGGAAUCAUAGAGGAUGUCCUUGUUAAAGUGGACAAAUUCAUCUUUCCGAUAGAUUUCAUAGUAUUGGAUAUGGAAGAAGAUGAAAAUGUCCCAAUCAUUUUGGGAAGGCCAUUUUUAGCUACUGGGCAGGCUUUAAUUGAUGUUCAAAAGGGGGAACUAACACUUCGAGUCCAGGGUGAAGAAGUAGUAUUCAAUGUGUUUAAGGCCUUAAAGUUUGCAAAUGUAAAUGAUAGUUGUUUUAAAGUUGAUAUGGUAGAGAAAGCAGUGGCAGAAAUCAAUCUCACAGUUGAUACACUUCAGAAGAGUUUGACAAUUGAUGAUAUGGAUGCUGAAUUAGACAGUGAGGUCCAAGAGUGUGUACAGUGGAUGAAUUCUAAAGGGCCAAUAUAUAAUCGAAAAUAUGAAGAUUUAGGCCAAGGACCUGAAAGACCAAUACCAUCAGUUCAGAAACCUCCAGAGUUGGAAUUGAAUACAUUGCCAGUACAUCUUCGAUAUGCUUUUCUGGGUGAGAAGGAGACUUUACCAAUCAUUGUGUCUUCUUCUCUUUCUAAUGAGGAGAUGGAAAAACUGUUAAGGGUGUGA